AUGAUGCAACAUUGUAGAUCGCUCUUGAUCGCCGCCGAACAUCAAUCGGGCCGAUGUCUAUUUGCAAAACGAUCGUCGUCAUUAUGCUUUUCAACUCGUUUUACAUCCACUUCCACGAACACGGCCCCUGAAACACUGUCGAAUCGACAAAAGUUCAACAGAAUCCAACCACCGUUGAAGCUGUACGAAAAGCUCGAGCGAUUGGGGUUUGGCACCUUGCGCACCACCAAACGAUAUCAAACCGUACACAAGCAAAAGUCUCAAAAGACCAAAUCAGUACACUCAGAAGUGGCCCCGGAACCAGAGUACCAGUUACCGCUCAUGUCAUUUUAUGCCGGCGCCAAAACUCCAGCCUCUUUCCCUGUUGAGAACGGAGAAGAAGUCGCUUUUGUUGGACGAUCGAAUGUUGGAAAAUCGAGCUUAUUGAAUAGUCUUGCUUCAACCACCAUUGUUCGAACGUCAGAUAAACCGGGCCUCACCCAACAAAUCAACUUUUACUCCGUGGGCCGCUUAUUUACCAUGGUCGAUAUGCCCGGUUACGGGUUUGCCUUUGUCGACGAUGAACAGCGACAACAGUGGCGAAACUUGAUGGAAAGGUAUGUUUCGGAGCGAAAAGCACUAAAACGCAUAUUUGUCGUAAUUGACGCCCGACACGGUAUAAAAGUAGCGGAUCUGGACUUUCUAAAGAUGUUGGAAACGAAACGAGUCAAAUUUCAGAUUAUCAUGACAAAAUGUGAUUUGCAGGUGUUACCGACGCUUGCACGGCGGAUAAUGGUGGUUCAAGACGCUAUUCAACCAUUUAGGAAUGCUGUGAAACAUGUCAUUGUCGUCAGCUCCAAAACUGGGGCCGGAAUUAAUCAAAUGCGCAAAGAGAUGCUCUUUUUGAUGGGCCACCUGAAAGAGAAGGAAUUUUACCAAGAAAAGGCAAACCCCAAACUUGACAAAAAAUAA